CCUGCCGAAGUGGCAGCGGUGAAUGGUGAGAGAUAAUCCUUUGCUCGACCACAGGCACACACCAUCCCCCGAGCUGCCUCCUGGAUCUGGCUCCGGAUCUGGAUGCGGGCAUCCUUUGGAUUUUGCGCUCAACAACACGGACCCCCACUGCAAAGAAAACUUAAUCGGGACAACAAUGGUGGCUGAAUACGCGGCUGCUGGUCGUGUAGGGGGCCGGGGAGUGCACUCGGUGUGACAUUCACUUGCACGCUGGUGUGGAGUUUUUAUUGUUCUGGUCCCGUAGACGCAGAGGCACAGCGGCGAAUCUGUGGAGAAGAUGUUGAGCCGAUUCAUGAGUGGCAGCCUCAGGAAUCUGGAGCGGGAAUACAGCUGCACUGUCAGGCUGCUGGACGAUACGGAAUAUACGUGCACCAUUCAGCGGGAUGCAAAAGGACAGUAUCUUUUUGACCUCCUCUGCCACCAUCUAAACCUACUGGAGAAAGACUAUUUUGGCAUCAGAUAUGUGGAUCCAGACAAGCAGCGGCACUGGUUGGAGUUCACCAAAUCAAUUUCAAAGCAAAUGAAAUCUCAGCCUCCGUUCACCAUGUGUCUGAGAGUAAAGUUCUACCCUCCUGAUCCUGUUGCUCUCAAGGAGGAAAUCACUCGAUAUUUGGUCUUCCUGCAGCUAAAGAGAGACCUCUAUCACGGUCGUCUCCUGUGCAAAACCUCAGACGCUGCCAUGCUGGCUGCCCACAUCCUUCAAGCUGAGAUUGGUGAUUACGACCCUGGGAAGCAUCCUGAAGGUUACAGCUCCAAAUUCCAGUUCUUUCCCAAGCACUCGGAGAAACUGGAGCGGCGGAUCGCAGAAAUACACAAAACUGAGCUGAUCGGACAGACCCCUGAAACAUCAGAGCGAAAUUUCCUGCUGAAAGCCCAGAUGCUGGAGACGUAUGGUGUUGAUCCGCAUCCAUGUAAGGAUGUGUCGGGGAACCCCGCUUUUCUCGCCUUCACGCCAUUUGGCUUUGUGGUUCUUCAGGGAAACAAGAGAGUUCACUUUCUUAAAUGGAACGAGGUGUCCAAGCUCAAAUUUGAGGCCAAGACUUUCCACAUAUAUGCAAAUCAGAAGGAGGACAGAAAGAUCAUUUUAACAUACUUUGCGCCCACGCCAGAGGCAUGCAAGCACCUAUGGAAGUGUGGUGUGGAGAAUCAGGCGUUUUACAAACUUGAGAAGUCCAGUCAGGUUCGCACCGUCUCCAGCAGCAACCUGUUCUUCAAGGGCAGCCGUUUCCGCUACAGUGGAAGAGUAGCGAAAGAGGUAAUGGAGCAAAGUGCCAGAAUCAAACGUGAACCUCCAGAAAUACACAGGUCUGGCCUUGUGCCCAGUAGGAGUUGUCCAUCCAUCACCCAUGGGCCUCGCCUCAGCAGUGUUCCCCGUACACGUCGGAGAGCUGUGCACAUAUCUAUCAUGGAGGGUCUGGAGUCUUUGCGUGACAGUGCCCACUCUACACCGGUGCGUUCGGUGUCCCAUGGAGAGUCUUUCCUACCCCGGUCCCGCAGCCAUGCUACAGAUGCCAGUGAGGGGAUGGCAGUCAUCUCGGACGAGGCCUACAGUCCCUCAGAUAGCGUCCUUCCCACCCCGGUGGCUGAACACAGCACAGACAUGACCGUCUCACGCCAAAUAAAUGGUGCGCCCUGCAGCAUCGAGGAGGAAAAGGAGUCAGAGGCGGGCACCCCGAUGCGCGGGGAAGAGGGUGAUUUCGGGGCGGAUGGUAGAGCUGCACAGGAAGGAGCAGGGGAGGACUCAGCCCUGAGCGAGGUGGAACAGGUGAAUAAGUUUGUCUUAAGCGUCCUCCGUUUGCUCCUCGUCACCAUUGGACUCCUUUUUGUCUUGCUCCUCCUCCUUAUCAUCCUCACUGAGUCAGACCUUGACAUCGCAUUUUUAAGCGACAUCCGUCAAACCCCCGAGUUUGAACAGUUCCAUUAUGAAUACUUUUGUCCCCUCAGGCGGUGGUUCGCCUGCAAGCUCCGCUGGGUGGGCGGGUUGCUCAUUAACAACUGAGGGUGCGGUUGUAGCAUCACAAAGACAGUUCAGGUUUGUGAGAAGACGGUUAGGAGUCUGGAGUGUUGUUGAAGGACAACUUCAUCCGAACCAAGAACCCAACUUCUCAUCUUCCUCCUGCAGAAAACAAAACAACUUGGACCUCUCCUUCUAACACUAAGCCAGGAUCUUUCUCCCACCACCUCAACUCUUUAGUUGCACACCCCUCCCUCCUACUACCAUGUUUGUUUUUUUGCUUAGCAAAGCCUGAAGACAUUUUUUUUUGCGUUUUUUAAGUCAUUUCAGGAACUUUAUUUUUACAAAAAACACAAAAGAAAAAAAAUAAAUUAUGAAAAUAAGUAACUGAGGAACCUAAAAUUUAUGUUUCUGUGGAAUGGAAUAUGUUGAUUUUUUUUUUUCUUGGCACAGAUUAGCACUGCAGAUGGUUAUUUAUUUCUGAGAAGCAUACAGUGGGCUGUGAAAGGCUAAAUACCCCAGUUGCAAGUUUCUACCGUAUGUUUUAAAAAAAGUUGGAUCAUGACAAAUAAUUUCAAGACUUUUUCCAUAUUUAAUGUGACAUAUUUAAUUUUUCCUCAACAAAUAAAUAAACAAAUCUGUUAGAAAAAGAUAAAGUUGUUCGCCCAACCAUUAAACCAAUAGUUUGUUGAAGUAGCUUUUGUCGCAGUUUCAGUACUCAGUCUGUGGUACACCAAAAUGCAGACAUUUCUUAGAAAUUAUUGAAAGCUGUGAUGGUAAUUAUUCUGGGAGGCUGCCAAGACAUCAGAACUGAACAGGCUGCAGAAAAUCUGCAAAGUACUAGCUGUGCUCAACAGUGCAGUAUAUUUUUUUUAUAUCAAGAUUUGUAACUAAGGUGACAAAGGAAGACAUUUUCCCCAAACAAAAAUCACUGCACAGUUUUAAAAGGACAUCAUUCACACAGCAAAACGUGUUAGCGGCAGCAUCAUAAUCUGGGGUUACUUUUCUUCACAGAAAGAAAGCGGUUCCAAACACAUUCAGGUAUAAGAAAAAAUAACAUUUCAGCAUCCCAGCACGCAUCCAAAUCAACACAUGAAUGGCUUCACUAAAGAAAAAGUAAAGUUUUGAUUUAUACAGCAGCUCACAAAGUCGUUUGGUUCCCCUGCAGAGGGUUAUGAACAGGAUUUGUCUUCAGAAUGGGAGAGUAAUCCAAUAUUACCAAGUCAUGAUGUGGUAUGCUGAUGAGACUGGAUGGUGAAACUGAAUCAAAAGAUGCUUCUGUAAGGUAUUAGUUUCAGUUUAUACACACUUCUGCAAUCAAGUACGGCGCAUUAUUUGUUUCUAGAUUUUCCCCCUAACAGAUUUAUGUUUUCUGUUAAAUUAUACAGAGCAAUAUCUCAUAUUGUAACAUGGUCUAUCAAAAAAAAAUCUGCCUUUUUAUCAGGGGUGCUUAGAUAUUUGAGAGCCACUGUAUGUAAUGAAGAGAAGAAGGGGAGGUAAUGAAUGUCAAUCCAGGAAGUUGAUUCAUCUUCAAGAGAUGCAAGUGAGUUAAGAGUCUGGAAAGGCCAACUGCUGCGAUGGAGUCAAGGUCUUUUGAUGUCUAUUCAUUAUCAUAAUAAGAUAAAGAGCUGGUUAACCUCUUUAUAAAAGACCGAGAGGAAUAGCUUGAAAAGGGAGAAAAGAGAUGUUAAAAUGGAAAACAGACAGGGUGAUUACCAAAUGCCUUUUUUGAAAACAUAUUUAUGACUGUUUAGAUUUUUGGGGGCAAUGGCUUAAGUCUUGUUGAACAUCCAUAUACAGCGCUAUACAAGAUCAGCUGACGGAUAUGAAAGUAGUUUUUCAAUUAUUUUCUAAGAAUCCAGUGAACUAAAGCUGUAGUGUCAUGUGGCCCGAUACUGUCUGAUGCAAUUAGAGAAAUCCUCACGAUGAGCAAAGAUUCACUGGCACUAGUAGAUACUGUUCUAGCUAGAUGUGCAAUGCUGAUGUGAUUUUUAUUAAGUACUUUGAAUGUGCUCAUUUAUUUGCUUUUAUUUUAUUGUUUUGUUUUCAUCAAAUUGAAAUUCAAUGAAUUUCAGUUACUUUUUUUAUGAAGAGCUUGAUCUAUUUUGGUUUCAGCCUUGCCCUUCAGUUUCUGUAUUAUACUAUAUUAUUACAACUGCUAGAAUAAGAGCAAUGAUGUACAUUUUUGUACAAAAUAGUUUGUUUCCUAUUAUAUAUCGACAGUUUUUUUUCCAUGUAUAUUUUACCAGAACUGAAAUGUUAUUUUGUUAUUGAAGAUUAAAUUAUACCCUUUU